AUGAAUACAUCCAUGAAGUCAGUGUCAGAGUUUGUUCUGCACUGCGUGGUCGAUUCCAGCCAGAAAGACUAUACAAUAGCGGGUCUCAUCUUCAUUUACUUGACGUCACUUUCUAGCAACCUGCUAGUCAUUCUGGUCAUUAUGCAGAACCAUCAGCUUAAAACGCCUAUGUUCCUUUUAAUUGCAACUCUUGCAAUAUUAGACUUACUGAACAGCACUAAUCUUAUUCCACGAAUGCUAGCGGCCCUCAUUUCAGAUUACCUUGCUGUCCCGUAUGGACCCUGCCUUCUGCAGAUUCAUGUAGAAGCUCACAUCCUGAUAGUCGGAACUCUUGUUAUAUCCCUCAUGGCAAUUGACCGCUACGUUGCUGUAGUUUAUCCCCUGAGAUACCCUUCAUUGAUCACAAAUCAAACAAUCUUGGUUUGUCUGUUACUAACCAAUGCCAUUGCUGUUGUAUUCAUCAUACCGUUGACAGUUUUAUUGACUGAACUUCCUUUUUGUCAAGGUAACGUCCUUUCUUCUUGUUUCUGUGAUUAUUCUACAAUGGUUCAGAAGUCAUGUACGGAAGAUCCCAAGUAUCUGAGUUAUCUCUCCAGCCUGACAGUUGUCUUUGUCAUCGGCCCACUGUUACUGAUUUUGUCUUCCUACUUUCGAAUCACUUUGGCAGCACUUCAAAUUUCUUCUACGGAAGAAAGAAAAAAAGUGUUUAGUACCUGCCUGACUCACUUAUUGGUGGUCUGUACUAUUUAUGUACCUAUGAUCUUAUUGUACCUGUUGCCAGGAACCGGGAUUAUUUUGUCUACUGAAGCCUACAACAGUCUUGUCAUGGUUGGCAAUACCGUUCCUCCUAUGCUGAAUCCUAUUAUUUACAGUUUUCGCAAUAAGGAAAUUAAAACAAGUCUUAACAAGAUUUUUAUGUGGAGAAUGGCUGGAAAAAAUUAA